UCUGGAAGAGCAACAUCGCCGCUGAAGUCGCGUAGUAAUCGUUUAUUCUGCAUGUUUUUUGGGGGGUGGGGGGGGGGAGACUCUGUUCCACGUUGCCGUUGCGCAGAUCUUUCUCUUUUUUUGGAGGUGCCAGGAAGUCGAUGGGGAGCUUUUGGAGUCGGACUGUGCGAUGGGUGAAGUAGUCAGGACGCGGAUCGCGGUGCGUGCGUCCGAGCAGAGGAACCCGCGGAGCGGAUCGACGGGACCGCGCAGAGCCUCCUGUGGACUAUAAAUACAACGACAACAACAACAACAACGCGAUGCCUGCACGCGGCUCGUGAGCGCGCGUGUCGGCGUUCUGCUUCGCGCGCAUCGGCGGGACUAAAUCCAAUGAGUGACGGAGCGAACCGGUGUCAGCUGCGAUCAGAGAGACAAACCUGGGACUCCACGCUGCGUCGGUGGUGAAAAACACGCCGCGUGGACCCCAUGUGGAGCCCCGGGGCGCUGGCGUGGAGCGCGGCUCUGUGCUGCGUGCUCCUGGAGACCUCCGUGCGUCCCGCGAGAGGUCUCAACCUGUGUAUGAGUGGCAGCGCCACUUCCUGUGAAGAAUGCCUCCUGAUUCACCCCAAAUGUGCCUGGUGCGCACAAGAGGAGUUCGGGAGGGGCCGGUCUCUGCCGUCCCGCUGCGACUUCAGCCAAAACCUGCAGAGGAGGGGCUGCGAUGCGCGGCUCAUCGAGUUCCCCAGCAGCAGCAUCUCGGUCCUGGAGAACCGGCCUCUGAGCUCCAAAGGCUCCGGGUCGGCCCAGUUUGACGUGGUGCAGAUCAUGCCUCAGAAGAUCUCCGUCAGCCUGCGGCCGGGAGACCAGACGUGGUUCGAGCUGCAGGUGCGGCAGGUGGAGGACUACCCGGUGGACCUCUACUACCUGAUGGACCUGUCUCUUUCCAUGAAAGACGACCUGGACACCAUCCGUAACCUGGGCACCAAGCUGGCCCUGGAGAUGGGAAAGCUCACCAGCAACUUCAGGCUGGGCUUCGGCUCCUUUGUGGACAAGAACAUGUCCCCCUUCUCCUACACGGCGCCCAAGUACCAGGAGAACCCGUGCAACGGGUACAAACUGUUCCCAAACUGCGUCCCCACCUUCGGUUUCCGCCACAUUGUCUCUCUGACGGACAAAGUGGACCGCUUCAACGAGGAGGUGCAGAAGCAGAUGGUGUCUCGCAACCGGGACGCGCCGGAGGGCGGCUUCGACGCCAUCCUGCAGGCGGCUGUCUGCAAGGAGGAGAUCGGCUGGAGGAAGGAGGCCUACCACCUGCUGGUCUUCGCCACAGACGACGUUCCCCACCUGGCUCUGGACGGCCGGCUCGGGGGCCUCGUCCGGCCCCACGACGGGCAGUGUCACCUCGACGGGCACAACGAGUACAGCGCGUCCACCGAGAUGGACUACCCGUCUCUGGCUCUGCUGGGGGAGAAGCUGGCGGAAAAUAACAUCUUCCUCAUCUUCGCGGUCACCAAACGUCUGUACGUUAUUUACAAGAACUUCACUGCCCUCAUUCCUGGAACCACGGUGGAAAUCCUGGACCAGGACUCUAAGAACGUGAUCCAACUGAUCGUCGCGGCCUACAAUAACAUCCGCUCCAAGGUGGAGCUGUCGGUGUGGGACCACCCAGAGGACAUCGGCCUUUCCUUCACCGCCACCUGCCAGGACGGAGAGCCGCUGCCGGGCCUCAGGAAGUGCGCCGACCUGAAGAUCGGAGACACGGUGUCGUUCAACGUGAGCGUGGAGGCCAGGAGCUGCCCCCCCCGCGGCGCCGACCGGAGCUUCACCAUCAAGCCGGUGGGGUUCAAGGACCGCCUGGAGGUGGCUGUGGAGCACCAGUGCGACUGCGGCUGCAGCCGCACGGCGCAAAGCAACAGCAGCACCUGCAGCUCCGCAGGGACUUACAACUGCGGGACCUGUCACUGCGAGGCGGGCUACCUGGGCGCCCGCUGCGAGUGCCAGGAGGGCGAGGCCAGCAGCGCGUACUUCAGCGCCUGCCGGGAAGCCGAGGGCAAGCAGACGUGCAGCGGGCGCGGAGAGUGCAGCUGCAACCAGUGCCUCUGCUACGAGUCCGAGUUCGGCAAGAUCUACGGCAGCUACUGCGAGUGCGACGACUUCUCCUGCGCCCGGCACAAGGGCGUCCUCUGCUCAGGUCACGGCGAAUGCCACUGCGGGCAGUGCAAGUGCCACGCCGGCUACGUCGGCGACAACUGCAACUGCUCCACGGAGACGGCGGCGUGCGUGGCGGACGACGGGCAGAUGUGCAGCGGGCGCGGCGCCUGCGUGUGCGGCCGCUGCCAGUGCGCCGAGCCGGGGGCCUUCGGGGACACCUGCGAGAAGUGCCCCACCUGCCCCGACGCCUGUGGCACCAAGAGGGAGUGCAUCGAGUGCCGGCUCUUCAGCUCGGGGCGGCUCGCAGACAACCAGACCUGCCAGCGCCUGUGCAAGGAUGAGAUCAUCACCGCGGAGGCCCUCGACGCGG